AGCAAGUUCGUGCCUCGCGGCAUCUCAUCUUACUACAGCAAAGGACGCGUUUUACUCUACGUAGUAAACUCACAUCCAGAAAGACAAUGUGUGGAGAUAUUUACCUAUCACAAGGACAAGAACGUUUUAUUCUACAGAAAAUCUGUCUGCGACGUUCGAUUUUCGAGGCAAACAAUCAUAUUCUGCUCCUCUAGCCAGAUUAUUAUCGUGUGCUAUAUAGAGAGCAUAUAUGACAUUGUUGUCGUUGGAGCAGAUCGAUUUUUUGUUACCAAUCUGGCUUACAUGGGCAAAGGAAAAUUACAGACUGCUGAGCUACUCAUGCAGAGCAGUUUUGGUGCAUUGUACUUUUUCGACGGUAGAAAUGUGAGUCUGCAUGAAUCCGGACUAUCGUCACCCUCAGCAUUAGCUGUAGAUCGACAAAGAAAACUAAUAUUUAUUGGCUCGCUAUUGAACGAGGUUUGACU